UGGAACUUAACUCGUCAACUAACAAGUGGGAAUAUGUGCACCAAAGAAGUAUUGUUGCAGGCAAUGAGCGUGACACCAUUGACGGCUGUGAUAGUUGUGGCUCUUUUCGUGGUUGCGUUGCUUUUUCUAUGGGUCCUUGACAGACGCCGCGAGCAUCGCUUCUUCUUGAACCUGGGCAUUCCGGGUCCAAAACCCGAUCUUCUCGCGGGUAAUAUGAUACAGAUGAAGAGGGAUCCUCUCGGGGUUACACAAGACUGGAUUCUGAAGUACGGCGACGUAUUCGGCUACUUCAUGGGAGACAUACCGUGCCUAUCAGUUACGAAUGUGGAACUGAUCAAGCAAUGCCUCGUGAAAGAAGCCGACCUAUUUUGUGACCGGCCUCACUUUCCUGUCGAUGUGGAGCCAUUUACAAGCUCCCUGUUCGGCUUGGCAGGUGAAGAAUGGAAGCAAGUCCGGUCAUACCUCAAUCCUGUCUUCACCCCUACCAAGCUUAAGAAGACAACACAGAUUAUUAGCGACUGCGCAGACGAGAUGCUGCGAGCGCUCGGUGAAGCUGUCGCCGAAGAAGGAGUGGUGGAUAUGCUCAGCGUAUCUCGAGGCUUUUCCAUGGAUGUCAUAACAAAAAGUGCAUUAGGUUGGCAGGUGAACUGCCACAAAAACUCUUCUCACCCACUUUUGGCUUCAGUCCUCGGGGUUAUGAGCGCCAAAGACUCUAUAAUUGAACAUUGCUUUUGCUUUCCGGCCCUACGAAAGGUGCUAAAAUGGCUGUACCCUUUUGCUACCUACUACCGAGUCACGACAGAAAUCACAUCCGCUCUCCACGAGACAAUCAAGCUUCGUCGUAGCGGAGCAUCCCCCCAUGCAGGAGACAUCUUACAACACAUGCUAGACGCCCAAGUGUGUGCCGAAGGCGUAACCCGUAAGUUAAGGAAUCAUGUCAUGCGCAUUGAAGACCGCCAUAUCCUGGCAAGCAGCUUUAGUUUUUUGGUUGCCGGCUUUGAUACGACUGCUUCAGCACUGGCUUUCAUAAUCCACCUACUUGCAAAAUAUCCCGAAGAACAAGACCGCAUAUUUAGCGAAAUGCAGCAAACGUUCUCCGAAGAAGCGGAACUUACGUACGACGGCGUUCAGCAAUUGAAGCGACUGGACAUGGUGAUUUCCGAAACGCUGAGGUUGUACCCGCCCGUGGUGUUCUUUAUUAGUCGUCUCUGCAGAGCAACCACCACGCUGAUGGGACACUUCAUUCCAGGUGGUGUCAACGUCGUUGUUCCCACGUGGCACAUUCAUCAUGACCCCGAACUCUGGCAUGAACCCUUCAAGUUCCUUCCGGAAAGGUUCGCUGAGGGAGAGAAGCACCAUCCUGCCGCGUAUUUGCCUUUCGGACUCGGACCCAGACAGUGCAUUGGGAAAAGAUUCGCCCUCUUGGAACUGAAGUUUGCCGUAUGCAGAAUAGUUGGAAAGUACAAGAUCUAUCAGUGCGAACGCACGCAAGAUCCGCUGAAGCUGGUUGUCCCUUCCGUAAAUAUUAACCCGAAACAAGGUGUCUAUGUUAGACUUAAAGUGAGAUAAAAGGCACACCAGUAAGGCAAUCACUCGAGUGAAUAAAUUAUUGCAAUCUGCAGUUGACAUUACACUUUUAAUAUCCCGAAAAAUAUGUCACCUGAAAGUGA